GUCCAACUGGCUCGGAAGGGUUCAAAGAUCUUCGCAACGAUACCCCAGCUCAGUUCUGCAUCAGUUUGCGACAAAUCAGUGCACAACCAUGAGCUUCCUCCUUUUCAAGAGGUCAUCCCUGGGGGCGUUCUUCGUCUUGCUGGCGCUAGUGAGUCUCACUUCCUGUUUUGAAAACUCCACAUCCAAAGAAGCACAGCUUCACUCCCGGCUCAAGCGGUGGAUCAACUUUCCCAUCAACGGCGGAGUGGCCAAAAUCGUGAUCGGAGGGGUGUUCCCGGUUCGGUUCGCCCACAAGCUGGUGCGCAGCCUGAACUGUGCCCACAACCUGCAGGCCAACUAUGCCAUCCCGGAGCGCAUCAUUUGGCCCGUUCCGGAGCACGUCUUCAAGCAGCGGCUGAACGACGAGUUUGUGGACCACAGCAGACCGCAGCUGUACCGGGUGCUGGAACGGAUGGUGGACAACUGGGGUGGCCACGGGCGGAGCUGUCUGCUGAGGACGAUCUGCCAGGUGGCCGAAACGCCGCUCGGUCACAACGGGAUGCUGGGGGAGAUUUUGGACGUGAUUUUUACACCCUACGAACAUGAGCUGAUUGAUGAAGAGUACAAACUUGCCCGGAAGUAUGGCUUGCAUGGGGUCAACUGCAAUCGUGCGUUUCACGAAUGCUCUUACGGGCAUGGUUUGCUGGAUGCAAUAUCCACUAUUCAAAUUGCUGGAAAAUAAACAAGUAAAA